ACACAAUGAGACAGCGCAGGGUAAGAGGUCACUAUGGCAGCUGCAUGACUCUGCCCGUGGUGGUGGCGGUGGUGGUAGUUGGUAUCGCUCGGGAAUGGCGCGGAGUAGGUGCUGGGGCUCAUUUUGCGUUAACUGGCAAUGAAUACAAGGAUGUGAUCACCUAUGGAGCGCACACGAGUUACCUAAUCGCCCAGCACACCUUGAUAAAUAAGGCCCCAGACGGCGGCAAGGCGCUUUUGGAAUGCAUGAAAGCCUGUCUGGCUACCUCUGGGUGUGUUACCUUCAUCAUGUACUCGUCGCAGCAUCUGUGCUACCUGUCAAGACGCGACAGAUGCGCUUAUCCAAUGGAUCCCCUCAUCAAUGCUCCAGGACUCAUCACGUACGAGGUGAAGGCCGCGGAUGUGUCAAACGCAGACAGCACCUGCCUGGCCUCCUGCCGCGCCUCUGCUAGCUGUGAGGCGUGUGGACGCCCCAACUGCAAGGGUGAUCUGUGUAAUAAUUGUUCCACAUCGUGCUGGACCAUGAAUCCUUUAGUGAUGGGUGGCGUGAACAUCGUCUUUAGCCUUACAGCUGUUCCUCUGUCCGCCAACUGCCGGAAUGAGUGGCAGCUGGUGUGGAGCGGCGGCGCCAAUAGUCCGCUGUUCCCGGGUCACACCACAGGCACGUUCCGGAUGCUGGUGUUGCUUUCUUACGCGGAUGUGGAGCGCGAGUCGGUGUUCAUAGGUGUGAGGUACAGCGGCACUUACCUCACGGUGGAGUCCUUCGUAGAAGGUGACGCGGGCAAUGGAUGGGCCGCACCCUUCGUCAGCCGCUUGAGUGUCUACACCGCAGAGUCCAACCUCCACCCCUUCUUCUACCCCUCUGGCACGUGGUCUGCUGGAGGCGUGGAGACCUACGAGGAGCAGAUGGCCCGAAACGCCACAACCAUCACCCGGGGCUACUACUGGUACCACAUAGACCCAGUCAUCGCCGCCACGCGCAUCAGCCUUAUCAGGCUCUGGAUUUCACCCUAAGCUGGCCGUUUAUGACAGCGUGUUGUAUUGCCUCUCGCUGACUGGAGGUUGCUGGAAGAUCUUUUGGUGGAGGGCGGUCCAUUGCAGUCCAAUACAGUUCAGUCCGGUUAAACUCAGUCCAGUCUAGUCCAGCCGAGUAUAGUCCAGUCCGCAUCAUUCCAGCUCGAUUGAGUCUAGGCAAGUGAAUUUCAUUCUAGUUCAAAACAUUGAAGUCCAUUUCAGUGUAUCCCAGAGCACUCCAGCACAUUCCAGUGAAGCCUAGAGCAUCGCAAUGCUUUUCAGCUUAUCACAGAGCAUUCCAAUCCAGUCCAAAUCAUUCCACUCUUUGCCAAUUAAACGCAGAUCAUUCCUGUACAUGCCAGCUAAGUUCACAGCUUUCAAGUGCACAGCAUUCCAGUCAAUUUUAAUCAAGUUCAAAACAUUCCUUUCCAUUGUAAACUUGCUCACUUCAUUAUAAUAAAUUCCAAUCUACCCCUGAACAUUCCAUUUCUUUCCAGUUUAUCUUAGAGCAUUUCAAUUCUAUCCAAUUCCAGCAAUCUAUACUCGUGGUAUGUGCCUCUAUACCGUUUGCCCAUUGGUGUGUGUGUGUGUGUGUGUGUGUGUGUGUGUGUGUGUGUGUGUGUGUGUGUGUGUGUGUGUGUGUAAGGGAAGAGGAUGUUUAGAGUAGAUAUUUACACUGAGAUUAUUGUGUGAUUAUGUUAAUUUCAAGAAGGUUAAGUUAUAUGUAUUGUUUAUAGACUAUCGUAAAGCAUACGACAAAGUACAAAGAUCUAAGCUCAUAGAAUGUCUUAAGUUAUUAGGAUGUGGAAAAAAAAUGUUAAAAGCAAUUUAUGUUAUGUAUAGGUGUACACGUAAUGUGCUGA